CUGAAAAUUCAAAAUGUCUUUCGAUUUAAAUCAUAAGUACUGGGUGUCCACCAGAAAGGAUAUCGCCCAGCUUAUUAAAAAGCAGAACCGUUUGAAAAAAAUUGAACCACCUGACGAGAAGGCAGUUUCCUUUAAAAUAUUCGCUGAACUUUAUGUCUUGUAUGUGGAGUUGGUGGCAAAGUUGGGUUUCAUCUACCAUCAUACCUUCCAAGUGCAAAAACGAGCCGUGGUGCGGACCCUUGUUGAAAGUGCCACCCAGCAGUUGAUGAAACUCAAGGAGGAGCUAAAGGAAUUGGAGAUGAGCGAGUACGUUUAUUUGGACAAAGCUUUGAUCGCCAGAAAACUGACACCCCGGGACUUGGUUAUAUGGAGAUCUCCUCAGUUUCUCUACCGCCGUCCACUGGAUAUUCAAAAUAUCAUUGCGGACAAUAGACUGUACAUGAACGAUGUGGAAAAGGAAGAGAAGGCAGCCAAGGAUUGGAUGCCUAUCACCGACGCUGUGAAGCUGAUCCAGGCCCAUGAAAGAGCGCGACGAGCUCGUGUAUAUAAGUCAAAUCUCAAGUUCGAUAAAAAGAAGUUCCUCAAGGUGUUUCAGAGGAAAAAAAUAAACUAUCGGUUCACCUUCAAACCCGAUCAGACCAUGAGUAUACCCGUUAAAAGAACCAUAUUCACUGCAGAUUUCAUCAAAAAUACAGAGGACUGUCAGUAUUUAAGGACCAAAGAUGAUGUAGGAGACACUCCAGCAUUCUUUGAUGAAGAAGCUUACAAUUUGAAAAGAAAUAAGGCAGCCACUGAAAUCCAAAGAUGGUGGAGAGGUUACAGGGCGAGGAAAAUUGUUAAAAUAAAGAAACGCUUCAAAGAAGAGCUCUAUGGUAUGAAAAAAAUGAGAAAACUCAAAAGACCGAACCAGAGAGCCAACGCGGUUAUGGAAAUGUAUAAAAAUGAAAUGCUGAAGAAAAAACUGGACGAGGAAUACAUCAACUUAAUGCUCGACGAACGUACAAGGCUGUUGCAAGUGCGUAGUCCCUGGAUGAUGGAGGAUAUAUCUGAUCAUAUUCGAGCUUGGUUUGCUGAAUUCUAUGAAAAGACCCAAGAUUUCCAUCCUUACCCCGAUCCUGUUAAGAAGGGCACUGUUUUAGUGGUCAUCGAUGAAACCAUGACUCCAAUGGAGUUUCAGCAGACCUUGGGCAAGAAGCCAAUGACCAAGGAAGAGAAGAAAAAGCUUAAGGAUAAGGAGAGAAAAGAAAAGAGAAAGAAGAAGGAGAAAAUAAAGCUAGUAAAAAUGAAGGAAGCUAAGCGCAGGAAGAAGCUAAGAGAUGCGGGAAUCAUCGACAUUGGCUAUGAAAUCGGUGCAAGCAAGCCUAUAGUUGCCAUUGAAGAAACAAUGAAAAAAUACGCUGAAGACUGGAGAAACGUUGACGAGUAUUUAAAUAAAAACCAUGAUCCCAUCAAGGAGUGGGUUAUCGAAGAUGAACUGGCCAAGAUCCAUCAGGAAGUCAGGGGUUUGGUAGACGAAUAUAUGAGGGUGGAAUAUGAAUUGCUACGUGAAGCUUUGGCAAAAGACAAAGAUGAAAAGUACACUCCAUUAAAGGUCAAAUAUCCAAAGCAGAAAAAGCCCAAGAAGAAGAAGAAGCCAAAGGACCCAACCGGUGACAGGACUCUGGAGUCCUUGUACAACGAAUUGAAGGACGGAGGAAUCAUUGAAGAAGUUUCAACGAAAGAUUUCGAUGAAUUCAUUGCAGACUUUAACUUUGUGGCCGAUGAUACUCGAGAUGAGGAUGACUUGACAACACUGGGUCCAGCCAAAGGUGAUAUUAAAAUGGUCAUCCAAGAGUCAAUGCUGGGAAUGGGCGAAUUUGAUAUUCCAAAACCAAAAUCUUUACUCCUCAUCGGUCCAUUGAAUAGUGGAAAGAAAUUGCUCUGCAAUAUAAUUGCUUCAGAAUUGGAUGCUGUUUUUAUGAACCUGAGUCCAGAAAAGACCUACAAGUACGCCGAUGAUUUAAAAUACUUCCUCCAUCUAAUUAUGAAAGUCGCAAAAGCCUUUCAGCCCACCAUCAUGUAUAUAGAAGAGGCGCAUCGAUUAUUCUGGAAUAAAAUUCCGCCAGAGGCGCAGGAUAUCAACCCAAGGCUGUUGGGGGCCUCCAUAGCCAGUAAAAUUCUAAAGCCUCUGAAGAAGAAUGAUAAAAUUGUAGUGGUUGGUACGAGCAACAUGCCAUGGUCGGCAAAAGGUGGCAUUCGAAAAGCGUUCCAGAAAAUCUUACUUAUUCCGAGGUGCGACUACGGUACGAGCUUCUUGAUUUGGCUGGAACUGAUGACCGAAAAUUGUCCCGAUAAUAUGGAAGAAUAUGCCUAUUCUGCACUAGCAAGAGUUCUGCAAGCCUACAACUCUGGGGACAUUACUGACAACAUCAAGAACACAUUGAGUAUCGAGAGGAGAAUGCGACUGCAAACUGAUGCAUUGGAUCCCCACGAGUUCCUGGAAUAUUUCAUAAACGAGGAAAAACCACCUCUUUUCCCCAUAGAGGAUAAGAUGAUGGAGAAAUUCAACAAAUGGUUUGGCGGCACCAACAGACUGAUGAAGUUAAGGAAAAGCUUUAUGGCUAAGAAGUUGGAAAAAUCGAAAAAGAAAUAGAUAUUAUCCAGUUUUUAACUCGAUUUUUAACUUUGCUAUCCAAAUCACUAUGUAUUG